CAGUCUGGUCUCAGCCAUGGUCCUGGUGGGUUGCUGCCUGGGUCUUCAGGUUACCUUAACAUUCAUUUGGAAUACUUACCUCUGUAAUUGACAAAAUGUACUCAUUACUAAGAUUGUUUUGAGUUUAGAAGAAGCACAACUCUUAGAAGAAACCUUUGAUGGCACCAUCUGAAGGUCCAUACUGCAGAAAUGGUACAAAGUGUAAAUUACCCUGUUCUGGAAACCUGAUGUGGCCUAGCAGGUCUUUGGUGGCCCUCAUCUGCUAAAUUCAGGCUAUUGCCAGUUUUCUCAUACUGCAGUGAUGCCUGAACUGGAGCACCCCCACCCCCCACAGACUGCUUUCCUGGACCUGCCACAUUCUCCCAAUGAGCUGGUCUCCACUUGAUGAAUUUUCCUCUACCUGUCCCCAUUUUGUCAGAGCGCAGUUCAUCUUUAGGGUGUAAUUUGCAUCAGUGUUGUGUGAAUCGAAUUAUUGUGGAACUGAAUUUAAUACAGGACUUUACAUAUUUGUGCUUAGCCGGUAAGCAGUAACAAAUUGCAUUAUUGUACCUCAAAACAGCUACAUUAUAUGUAAAGAAAUUACCAGAGGUGUUCAGGUCAUUCUGAGCCAUGAAUAAUUGGCAGUUGGACUUAUUGCAUUAGAGCAGUAUAAUGGAAUGAAAAUAAACAAUUUGAACUAACAUAACAAACCAGAUCUGUUGCGCUACAUAAUACAGCAUUAUUUUUAGUAAUUGUAGUGAGAAAUCAAUCUUCUGACACAAGUGAAACCUUAGUGAAGGAUGUGUAAAUACAAGGGAAAUGAAAGACAUUAGAGCAGAAGAAGCACUUCAAGAGGAUCAUAACCGUUAAAACUUUAAGCACAUAAAUCCCUUGGUCAGCAGCACUGGAGAGCCUGUGACUGAUUCCUUUCAGUGCUUCUGCUGCAGGGUGUUGGACUGCUGGGAAUAGAUUGUGAAUUGAUUGUGAUUUUCGGAUUGCAAAACAAGGGACCAGCAGGCAUGCUGAACUUAAGACGACGGAGACACAGCCUGUUUCCCAGCUAUAAGGUCGGUGUCCCAGAGCAAGGGGUCAAUAACCCCAUGAAUGACCCCGACCUCUCCACCAAAAAUACCUGUAUGAAGCAAUGGAGUUCCAUGCAGGACCUGAGCCGGGACUGCUACAAUCUUUAUGAUGAGGAGGAUGAGGAUGAAGAUUGCAAACCAGUAGGUUCUACCUUGGGCUCCCCAUCCAAGAAUUACGUGCUAAAUAUCAAUGUAGGUGGGAAAGUCUACCAGAUCUCCUAUAGGGUGGCAGCUAAGUAUCCAAAAACCAGGAUAGGGCGACUUGCCACCUACGCAGAGCAUAACCAGAAACUGGAUCUCUGUGAUGAUUACAUUGAGCAGAACAAUGAGUACUUCUUUGACAGGGACCCAGAUGUUUUUCACAGCAUAUUCAACUUCUAUCGAACCGGAGUGUUGUGGAUAAGAGAUGAGCUUUGCCCAAGGAACUUCCUGGAGGAGAUCAACUACUGGGGGGUCCGGAUCAAAAACACUCACCGCUGCUGUCGCAUCUCCUUCGAGGAGAGACAGGAUGAGAUUAACGAGCAGCUGAAGGUCCAGCGUGAGCUGCAGGCGGAGGUGGAGAUUGAGGAAAAUGAGGAGCUAUACCGGGGGAUGUCAUUUGGCCACACUCGAAGGAUCAUCUGGAACCUGAUGGAAAAGCCCUUCUCCUCAAUAACAGCUAAGCUGAUGGCGGUAGCCUCCAGCUUCUUUGUUCUGGUCUCUCUGGUGGCCAUGACACUGAAUACAGUGGAGGAGAUGCAAUAUCAGACAGCAGCGCGCCAGCCGAGCGGGCGGACCUACGGAGAGUACGUGGAAACCUUCUGCAUCAGUUUCUUCACCGUUGAGUUCCUGCUGCGACUGGUGUCCACACCCAACCUCAGUUGCUUUGCCAGGAGUGCGCUGAAUGCCGUGGACCUGAUCGCCAUCCUGCCGCUGUACCUGCAGGUGGCCCUGGAGUGCUUUGAGAAUGAAGACUACGGGAGACACGACAGCGACAUCGAGAGGGUGGGCCGGGUGGGCAAGGUGGGCCAGGUGCUGCGGAUCAUGCGGCUCAUGCGCAUCUUCCGUAUCCUGAAACUGGCACGCCACUCAACUGGCCUGCGAGCGUUCGGGUUCACGCUGCGCCAGUGCUACCAGCAGGUGGGCUGCCUCUUCCUCUUCAUCGCCAUGGGCAUCCUCACCUUCUCCGCCAUGGUCUACACGGUGGAGCAUGAUGUCCACCACACCAACUUCACCAGCAUCCCCCAUGCCUGGUGGUGGGCAGCGGUCAGCAUCUCCACCGUGGGCUACGGGGACGUGUUUCCCGAGACCCACCUGGGCCGGCUCUUUGCCUUUGCCUGCAUCUCCUUCGGCAUCAUCCUGAAUGGCAUGCCCAUCUCCAUCCUCUACAACAAGUUCUCGGACUACUACAACAAGCUUAAGUCCCACGAGUACACCUCGGUCUUAAAGAACCGCGGAAAAGUGCGGUUCACCAAAAGGGCAGCUAGGAAGAUGACAGAGUAUUACGCAGAUCGCUGGCAUUAGCGCGUAGCGUCUUCCACCCUCCUCCAUGGCUCAGCUGAGAAAUCGCCCGCCAAAGUGGGUCACAGCCAUAGUGCCUGAAUGAUGAGGAGGAGAGGUCUAAGGACAAAGGCACCACUGCAUUGUAACGUCCGGCUUUCACCUGGCUUAAGCCGCAUGUAGAUUCCGUCUUCAUUUAAAGUUGAUUGGUGAAGGAACCUGACCUGUACUGUUUUGCUGCAAUCUGUACUGCAGAAAUAGUUCACCUAAUUUAGGUUAGAAAGCGUAACAGACCACAUGCAGUUGAGUAUAACAUGGUCUGUCUGUUCAGCGAAAAAUAAAAAUGACACUUCGAAAACGCUGACCUGAAAUUGUCUGUCUGGUUUGUGGAAGGAGUCGGAAGUAAUUUUUAAUAUAUGAACAAAAAAAAACGUUUUAAAACCAAGAUAAUACUGAUUGUUAGAUAUAUUCUUCCAAAGGCUGAAAUUAACUGAAAGUGGACACCCAUCCCAAAAUGACAUAUGCAGGGUACAUGACAUCAUAUGCAGGGUACAUGACAUCAUAUGCAGGGUACAUGACAUCAUAUGCAGGGUACAUGCGCU